GUUGUGUAUCUUUUUGGAUCAGUUCCGGUGGUAAAUAGCGGGCGCAGCCAAUAAAUCCUCGGGAUCCGUCCUAGGCGAACAACGGACAGAGACAAACGGGACAAACUACUUCAAGCCUAAUGAAAAAGUAGCCAGAAGAACCCAGCCAUGGCAUCAACAAGUCUUCGAAAGGCAUUCCGCUAUCCUGAUGAUUCAGACGAGGACAACGAGCAUGUCCGCGAGGAGUUUGACGAAGAAGAGCAGGAUCGAAUGAUAGAUCAGUUAAGAAUGAUAGAUGACAGACGAAACUCAUAUUACAGUAUACGUUUUGCUGCCAUCCCCCUUCUCUCUGGCUUCAUAUAUAUCCCUCCAAUGCUGUCGGGAUUCUCGAGCCUGCAUGAACAGUGUUUGUCUUUUAUAAGCGUCAUAUCAUUACUUGCUACUGCCUAUAUCAUGAAGCAUCUCCCGCUCCAACACCCAGAUCCCAUGGGCAAGAUAUCAGAUAAUAGGGCCCGUGUCAAAUCAUGCCUUGUGAUUGUGAAUGCUAUAGUCUGUACGCUUCUGACGCUGAUCUAUGCUUUCUAUCCAAUGGCAGAGACAAGGCUCAAAGUCCAAUCAUUCAGAUAUUUGAUUCCAGGAGCGAUGUUUGUCGCUAUCUUGAUCGCACGCAAGGUCAUGCUUUCAGUUGACCUCAAGGAGCUUGAGAAUCUCCGUUACAUGUACAAAGGAGCAUAG